AUGAAUCGUCAAAGCAAAAAAUCUAAGAUUGAUCUUGAUAGCGAGAAGAUUAUUAUUGAACAUAUGCAGCGAUACAUCAGUGGGGGAAAAAUUGAUCGAAAACCGUUGACUCAAUUGAGCAAAAUUGUUCCCUAUAACUCAAAACAAAUAUAUAAUCUCUGGGUUAAUAAGCUUGAUCCUAAUUUAUGUUUACUUAGCGAUAUACCCAUCGCUUCCUACGAGAGGGACUACAUUUAUGAAUGGGUCGAACAACAAAUUGACGCUAAUGUUAAAAAGAUUUCAUGGAAAACAUUACAAACUAACAUGAAAGAAAAGUUUGGGAAAUUAAGGCCUCGAAACGACCUAAAGAACAUUUGGAGUGCAAGAAAAAAAUAUAAAAAAAAUCAAAAAAAUCAAACAAAAAGAGUAGUUAAUUGUGAAAAUGAAAUUGACCCUUUAAAUUCUCCAAUGUCUGAUGAUUUUAAUUCAUUAUUUUUUCAACCAACAGAAACAGAAAUUUCAACAACAACACCAGAAGUUGAAAACAAUAUGAUCCUGGAUGAUUUUGAAUGGGCUUUAGAUUUUAGCUAUUUGGAAUAAUUUUUAAUUUGUCUUACUGUAUAGUAUAGUAUUAAUUAAUUAUUGAUAAGUUUUUAAAUAUAAAAUAUUUGUGAAAUCUAAUAAAUAAUACGUUCGGCCGCAUUUUCAGGUCACAC